AGUCUCGAUCGCUGCUCGUUCUACAAUUGCACAUCUUAUGUACAUCUGAGGGUUCCCAUAGGCCCGACGCCAAGAGAUUGGCACAUGAACUUCAUCACUACCUCCUCCAUCCCAAGUCUUCCUGUUUACCCCUCGAUAAGUCCAUUCUUUGGCCAAACAUUAGAGGUACUGUUGUUGAAUUUUGUCAUUUCGGUGAAUAAUAAGAUCACACUGCCACUAUUGAACAAGCGGUCUAGAUCGACUAGUCGUCGUACUAUAAUUUUUAGGCCGAUUGGGGGACUUUUUUACAUUCUCUUCCCACCGCCCAUUCACUAAAGAGCUCGAAUCCACUCAUGCUGCCACACCCAUCCUAUGCAGUGUCAUAGUCCUCGUAAUAUCUCGAGGCGGGGUUUUCCCUUAUGCGCUUCGCAUCAACCACCACAGCUUCAUAGCUUAAUAGACACAACCACUAUAUGAUACGUGUCACGUAACUUGACGGGUCUGGAUCCCCAAAUACCCUUGUAUUAGCCUACCUUCAAUUGUGAUCGCUUGUCCAAUCCUAGCCCUAGAAAGCAUCAGCUCGCAAGAUGCGGGCCGUAUGAUAAAAACCCUAGGCUUCGUGGCUAUUCAAUCUAUGGGACGACAUAUAAUCAAGGUUGGCGGCGUAGAAAUGUUCGUCAUACC